AUGGCUCGCUUCAUUCUGCAGUCUCUUCUCGCGCUGGCCGUAGCGACGUCGGCUUUGCCCACCGACAACUCGACACAAUAUGUUGGACCCGAGAAUGGGAAUCUGGUGAUCGUUGGUGGCGGCACGCUGGACGACUCAAUCCUGCAGAAAGUCAUUGAUCUUGCUGGUGGCAAUGAUAGCUCUAUCGUUGUUAUCCCAACCGCCCAGGGCGACCCAAGCUACGACCAGAAUGCCGCCAAUGCGGACGACUUCCGUCGGCUGGGAUCCAAGAGUGUCACCGUCCUGCAUACAUAUGACCCCGAGGUUGCCAAUACCGAAGAAUUCGUCCAACCACUCCUGAACGCCACCGGUGUGUGGUUUGGUGGCGGCCGGCAGUGGCGUCUGGUUGACGCUUAUGCAGGAACGCUCACUGAGCAAAAGAUUCGAGCGGUUCUGGAUGCCGGUGGCGUCAUCGGAGGAUCCUCUGCCGGGGCAUCGAUCCAGGGAGAUUUCCUUGCUCGAGGCGAUACAAAGAGCAAUAGCCUCAUCAUCGGAGACCACCAGCAGGGCUUCGCCUAUGUGAAGAAUGUGGCCAUCGACCAGCACGUGCUCGUACGCAAUCGCCAAUUUGACAUGCUUAAUGUCCUCAAAUACAAGCCAGGCAUUCUUGGCAUUGCAAUAAACGAGAAUACGGCAGUACAUGUAUCGAAGAACACAGCCGAGAUCUUUGGCGCCAGCUACGCCAUCAUCUAUGAUGGAACAUACUGGUCGCGCGACGGCGACGAUGCGAAUCCAAUUCCCGAUCCUUCAGGCUUGUUCUAUUUCUUGAGAGAAGGAGAUAUAUAUGAUCUUGGACUCCGCAAAGUGGUACACGCCUCUUGA